AUGUCGAAAGACGAAACGACGAGUUGCAAGACCAUCCUUGCGGGCACCAUCGCCAAAGGGCUCCUCUCUGAGGUCCAGGCAGGGCUCAGCAAACUUGGUCGCAAACCUCACCUACUCGGAAUACUUGCCAAUGCCGACCCUGCUGCCAAAGUGUAUGCAGACUGGACUGAGAAGACGUGCAACGACAAUGGCUUCGCAUACACUCUCAAGUCGGUCGCGAAAGACGACGUCGAGGAGACCAUCAUGGCAGCCAACAACGACGACGCGGUCGACGGAAUAAUAGUGUACUACCCGAUCUUCAACAACCGGCAGGACCAGUACCUGCAACAGAUUGUCGACGUGUCCAAGGACGUCGAGGGCCUGAGCCACCAGUACAUUUUCAACAUGUACCAGAACAUCCGGUUCCUGGACGAGUCCCAGGCCAUCAAGUCGGUGCUGCCGUGCACUCCGCUCGCCGUGAUCAAGAUUCUGGAGUUCCUGCACAUCUACAACACCAUCCUGCCCUACGGCAACAGACUGUUCGGCCGGACCAUCUGCGUCGUCAACCGGUCCGAGGUGGUCGGGCGGCCGCUGGCGGCCCUGCUGGCCAACGACGGCGCGAGCGUGUACAGCGUCGACGUCACGGGCGUGCAGCUGUUCACCAGGGGCGAGGGGAUCCGGAAGCGCAAGCACGAGGUUCACGAAAAGGAAGGCUGGACACUCGAGACGUGUGCGCCACUUUGCGACGUCGUCAUCACCGGGGUGCCCGGUGACAAAUUCAAGUUCCCGUGCCACCUGCUCAAGGAGGGUGCCGUGUGUAUCAAUUUCUCAAGUGAGAAGAAUUUUCCCGUCGAAGUCAAACAAAAAGCAUCGAUCUACGUGCCGGCCAUUGGAAAGGUGACGAUCGUCGUACUGCUCAGAAACCUGCUGCGGAUCGUACAGAACAAGCAGGCUCGAUUGGCCCAGAGUCACACUACGACGGUGGAUGGCACGCAGACUGAAGGAGGCGUCGACAAAGCCACAACUUGA